AUGCUUUUGUCGUCGUCGCAGGAACUGCAGCAGCAAGCGCCACUGAGACCACUGGCUACCGACAAACAUGAACAAUGUGUUGUCUGUGACGAUAAGGCAUCAGGUAGUCGACAUUACGGGGUGUUGAGUUGUGAAGGUUGCAAGGGCUUCUUCAAGAGGAGCAUCAGACGACAGCUGGCCUAUGCAUGCAGGGGCACGAAGAACUGCCCCAUCAACAAACAUUACAGGAACAGGUGCCAGUACUGCCGACUACAGAAGUGUCUUGAACGAGGCAUGAGGACUGAAUCUGUACAGCAAGAGCGCAAACCGUACGAUGGCAGAGGUCCAAUGACCCCUGGACACAACAACUUCAACAGCAGCAGCAGCCAAAGAUCGGGCUUCACACCAAAAGAUGGCGACGAUCUAUCAGAGAACGACAUGAGUUCUUUCAUGAUGUGUUCAAACAAUUCCAGUCCGUCACAAAACAAUGCUGAUCUCAGUACAUUAGCGAAUGUUGUCACAACAUUAGCUGCAAUGGGCCACAACAACAGCAACAACAACAACAAUGGCGCCAACAACAGCAGCAGCAACAACAACAACAAUGUUGAUAGUGAAUUGGAAGCCAGUCUCCAAUUGAAGAAGGAGGAAACCAUAACGAAGGCAUUUGAUGUCCUGUCGAGGGCACUUCAUUUGAAAUCAGAUGUUGGUGCUUUCGCUGUGUGGUUGUGGGGAGAAAUUUUACAAAACAAUUUGAUCGAGAACUUGUUUGUUUUAAUUGAUGAGGUGAAUUACUACUUCAACUUGAGCAUUCCCUCCCCACAGCCUCCUCACCUCACCCUCCACUACAUCUGUGAGACUGCAUCCAGGCUCCUCUUUCUCUCCAUCCACUGGGCCAGGAGUAUAUCCGCCUUCCAGACCAUGAAUGUUGAUCUGCAAGUGAAGUUGGUGCAGUCGUGCUGGAGUAAGCUGUUUGUGCUGGGACUCUGCCAGUGCUACGAUACCAUCAGCCUGCCAUCCAUACUCAACUCUGUCCUCAUCCAUCUACAAACCCGACUCAUCAACAAUGAAAAACUAGCGAGUGAGAAGGUGAGAGAGAUAUUGAACACGGUAGUGUUGCUGCAAGAUUACAUCGGUCACAUCAAGAGACUCAAACUGUCUGAUGCUGAGUUGGCCUACAUGAAGGCGUUUGUACUUUUCUGUCCAGCUCAGUCUGGUCACAGAAACCACCUGGAGGCCAUGCAGUUGAAGGUGAAGCAGGAGUUGGACAGCCACAUAUCUGCCACUCGCAACUCAUCAGAACAGCACCAACUGUCAGAUCGCAUCUUGUUACGUCUGCCCGGGCUCGCCAACUUCAAGCCAGCCAACAUGGAGCAGAUAUUUUUCUCCGGACUGAUUGGCAACGUCGAAAUCAGCAGCAUCGUGCCCUAUAUUUUAAGAUUGGAUUCCGAAGACUGUUCGAGC